UGUGAUGCAUUUAUGAUAUUGUGCUGGCUUAUUCUAAGUUCGGAUCCAGGUAUCAGUUGGCCUUCUGGAGGGUCCAAUGGUGUUCCAAAGUGUAGUCCUUAAACUCAUCAUGUCCUUACUCUUUUUCUCUUCAACCAUCACCACUGUCAUUGCUACCUUGCCAAAACAACAAGAGCUAGAUCGAAUUUCAGCACUGCCUGGACAACCACCAGUCACAUUUUCUCAAUUUUCUGGCUAUGUUACGGUCAACGAGCAACAUGGACGAGCUCUCUUCUACUGGUUGACUGAAGCCACUUCUUUUCCUGAAAAGAAACCUCUUGUUCUUUGGGUCAAUGGAGGGCCAGGUGCUUCAUCGGUGGCAUAUGGAGCAUCGGAGGAAAUCGGGCCAUUUAGGAUUAACCAAACCGGUUCAUCUCUUUAUCUCAAUGAGUAUUCAUGGAAUAAAGAAGCGAAUCUUUUAUUUCUUGAAUCGCCUGCCGGUGUUGGUUUCUCGUACACAAAUUCAAGCUCCAAUCUUAAAUAUUCUGGAGAUAAACGAACUGCUGAGGAUGCUCUAGUAUUUCUAAUUAAAUGGAUGUCAAGAUUUCCACAAUACAAACAUCGAGAAUUCUACAUUGCUGGGGAGAGCUAUGCUGGGCAUUAUGUUCCCCAACUGGCAGAGAAAAUUGUCGAAUAUAAUAAGGCACUCUUGCAACCCAUUCUCAACCUUAAAGGAUUUAUAGUGGGAAAUGCUCUAAUUGAUGAGUACUAUGACUUCAUUGGAAAAAUAAUAUAUUGGUGGAGCCAUUCAAUGAUAUCUGAUACAAGCUACCGAUCAAUUCUCAAGAAAUGCAAUUUCAAGGAGGUACAUAAAUCACAGGAAUGUAAUGCUGCAGUGCGCUAUGUCGAGGCUCAUGAGCAUGGAAACAUAAAUGAACACAGUAUUUAUACACCACUUUGCAUGGAAUUGCUUAAUAAUACUAUGAGCUCUCCAAGGCUCAAAAAUACUCUAUUGCAUCGAAGGGUCUCAGGGUAUGAUCCAUGUGCUAUACAUUAUGCGAAGAAGUAUUAUAAUCUACCAGAAGUACAAAAAUCAAUGCAUGCAGAUGUUAAUGGAAUUCUUCACUACUGGACUGAUUUCAGUGCUGAUGUCAACAGCAAUUGGACUGAUUCUGAAAUUUCUAUGUUGCCGACAUAUAAGAAGCUGAUUGCAGCUGGUCUAAGAAUAUGGGUUUUCAGUGGGGACACAGAUGCAGGAGUUCCAGUAACUGGCACUAGGUUAUCUCUCAGCCAUCUCAAUCUAACAGUUAAAACUGAGUGGUAUCCAUGGUACGCAGAUGAUCAGGUAGGAGGAUGGACAGAGGUCUACAAUGAACUAACUUUUACUUCAGUGAGAGGUGCUGGCCACGAGGUUCCACUAUUUCAGCCCAAGCGAGCAUUCAUUCUUUUCAAAUCUUUUUUGGCAGGGAAGGAAUUGCCAGAAUCUUGACAAAUUAUUUGGAGAUGAUAACAAAAGAAAAUUGAUCAUCUUUGAGCAACUUAUUAAGUGUAAUUGUUUCAUGAUUCGGAUUGAUAUAUUACAAAUCCAAAAUUAGUGCCUCUAUUCGCAGAACAAGAUCCUCUCAAUUUCAAGUCACAAUUCCAAUAAAUAAUAUCUUAACCGCGGCAUUUUUACCAAUGGCUUCCCAAUGUUGCAUGCGAUUUAGAAACCAAUCGAGUAACCCAGUUUUAAUUAAGGACCAAAAGCAUAUUUAAUUUUUCUACAAAGCCAUUUCACAUAUUUAUGAAAUAAACACAUUACCAGCACCUAGAAAAUGAACGACAAUUUCUACAACAAAUCUAACUGAAUGAAGGAAAAGACAUCCUUUACAAUUUUAGGAAAACGUGUGCAGGUAAAUUAGCUGCACACUAAUUCCAAAGAUCUCUACUUAUCAAUUUGAAAUGAACAUUUCUGGAUUCAAGGACAUAGUACAAGCAAGUAGUCCUGCCUUGGUUUGUAAUCGUAUACAAAAUUGAAGUGCAUCUCAGAUACCAGA